GGUGACUCGCUGGGAAAUAUUGGGGGAGGGAAGGGAACAAAACAAAAAAAGAAGAAGAAAGAGAAAGAAAAAGAUGCAGCUUUGUUCAAGUAGAGUAGCUCUCAAAGUGCACACCCACUUUGCUUAACUCCUUCCCUGCCCAGUGGCCUCAAGUCCUCUCUCUGUCUCUCUCUCUCUCUCUCUCUCUCAUUCAUCAUCACCAUCACCAUCAUCAUCUCUCUCUCUCUCUCUCUUUCUGCGAGAGGUCCUCUUUCUCUGAGUCUCAGCAUCUCAAUCUCCUCUACUUUUAGCCAAGAGGGAGACAGUUUCCAUAACUGAGCCCGUCCCCCUUCUCUGCCUCACCAAGACUUUGGAAUUUUCUGAAUUUGCCCCAUGUGGGCAAGCAAGCUUGAUUGUCAUCCCUCUUGGUUGCUUCACUUGCCCCGAAAUACAAACCAAGCGACACUAUAGUCUCCACACGAUAACCUUUUCUUCUUCUUUCAUCUGUGAAGACCCAGUGGUUCUUCUUCCUCUAAAACCCUCAUUUGGUCAUCCAUUUCUGAACUCAUUGUCUGCCAAGAAAGCACAAAAUCAAGAAUCAAGAACAAGGAAGAAUCCCCCAAGAAAGCAAAGAGAGUACCGUGUUCGCCAGAUAAAAUGAUUGAGCCGCCCAACUCGGACCGCGAAACCAGUUACAACUCGCUCUCUUCCCCACCAUCCUCCCCUUCCUCGCCCACAGGGUGGACUGACUCCUCCCUCAACACGGUCCCAAAGCCCACCGGCCACCAGAAUUCUGCCGACUUGCCAGCCGAAUCCGAUAAGAAGAUCAAGCGCCUCCGCGACUCGGGCAAGCACCCGGUGUACCGCGGCGUGCGCAUGAGAAACUGGGGCAAAUGGGUCUCCGAGAUCCGCGAGCCGCGGAAGAAAUCCCGCAUUUGGCUCGGGACGUUCCCAACCCCGGAGAUGGCAGCCCGUGCCCACGACGUGGCCGCCCUGAGCAUCAAAGGCAGCUCGGCGAUCCUCAAUUUCCCCGAACUCAUCAGCUUGCUGCCUCGGCCCAUCUCGCUCAGCCCGCGCGACGUGCAGGCGGCGGCAUUAAAAGCAGCCCAGAUGGAUAAAUUCGAUACAAUCACCACAUCAACGGCGUCUUCAUCCUCGUCAAUGAGUCCUUCGUCAUCACUAGUCUCAGCAAUGGAUCUGUCCGAGACAUCGGUGGAGCUGAGCGAGAUCAUCGAGUUGCCUAGUCUUGGGACGAGUUACGAGUUGACGAGGCCGAGCAGCGAGUUCGUGUUCGUCGACUCGGUGGACGGGUGGCUUUACCAUCCGCCAUGGCUGGGGGCGAGCUUCGAUGACGAGUGUGGUUAUGUGGGUGGAUGAUCCAAUGCCAGUACCGGAGAGUUUGAUACAUGAUGAAUCUGCAGGUUUGUUGUGGGAUAAUUAUCAGUGAUGGUAUGGAAUUUGUGAAUAACCUGUCCAUGUAAAACAUGUGCUUUGACUUAGUUACCUCUUCUCUCUUUGUGUCCAUCUUCUCCUCAUAGUUCUCACUCAUGUAAAGCCCUUCUUGUUUUAUUUUUCAAGGGCUUGUGUUGGACUCCGUUCACCAUAUGAUAAACUCGGCCAAUCACAACAUGCAAUAAUCAAGAUAUGUAUUAAUUAUAUAUCUAACUCCGUUCAUGUUCAUAACUAUUGUUGGCCGAGUUUAUUUGAACUGUGUGUAAUUAACUUCUUAAUUAGUUCUUCUCCAUUGUUAAUUAACUCCA